GAGAUCCUGACGCUGCUGCAGGGCGUGCACCAGGGAGCCGGCUUCCAGCACAUACCAAAGAAAUGUCAGAAGGCUCGUGAGCACUUUGGUACGGUGAGAACACAGAUGGAAUCUCUGAAGACCAAGUUUCCCGCUGAUCAGUAUUACAGAUUUCAUGAGCACUGGAGGUUUGUGCUUCAGCGGUUGGUGUUUCUGGCAGCGUUUGUAGUCUACUUGGAGUCAGAAACGUUAGUGACCCGAGAAGCUGUUGCAGAAAUACUCGGGAUCAAAGCGGAUCGAGAGCAAGGCUUUCACCUGGACAUAGAAGACUAUCUUUCUGGUGUAUUAACUCUCGCCAGCGAGCUGGCCAGACUGGCAGUGAACAGCGUCACGGCUGGUGACUAUUCGCGCCCGCUCCGCAUCUCGACUUUUAUCAACGAGCUGGAUUCUGGCUUCCGUCUCCUCAACCUGAAGAACGACUCCCUGAGGAAACGUUAUGAUGGCCUGAAAUACGAUGUCAAGAAAAUUGAGGAAGUGGUUUACGAUUUGUCAAUCAGGGGACUCAAUAAGGAGGCAACAGUUGGAGUGGGCGAAGAGAAAUGAAGGAUGCUCAUUGUAACAGCAUCACUGAUUACCUCAGAUGGUUGCCAAUUUGGGAAGUAUGCUAGUGAAGCCUUCCUACAGUAGUUUAGAAGAACCGCGGCUGAAAGCUGCUCUCUAUUUUCUUACAAAAGGUGUAGUUCGGGUGUUAGAUCUCAAAAUGUUUUGUAAAAUCCUGUAUAGAUUAGAGUGGGAGACUCUGCUUCCCAUGGAAUUCCUCUUGUCAGAACACACGGUGCUGAUCUGUGCACAGCAGCAAUGUGUCCCUGAUUCCCAUGAGCUGAAAUUCUCCUUAGUUCUGUAGUGUUGCUUCACUGCUCAGGCAGCGACGUGCUUCAGCUGUCUCUGCUCACACAC